AUGUCAAUGCCAACCUCCCUCGAAGAAAAGCUACGCAUCCUACACAACUACUCCACCUGCGACGUCUCCGAUGCGCUCCUCAAACUCCAAACCCCAGCCCCAGGAACCCCCGCCCGCGCCGGCCACCUCGCCGACCUAACCCCUCACCCCCACCCCGCCCCCCAUCUCCCAAGCCCUAGCACCACCAAGACCAUCGCCCCAGCCUCAACCAUCAAAUUCAUCUCCAAAGACGACGAUAUCCCCGCAGCCAGCAACAACAAUGCGCACACCAUCCCCCCAAACACGCACUGGGUCGACGGUGUCGACCCGGACACCAUCGUGGUUGUCGACCAACCCCCAGCCCAACACUGCGCGGUCGUGGGGGGCAUCAUGGCGCUGCGCAUGAAGCACCUAGGCGUGAAGGGGGCGGUGGUGAACGGGCGCGUGCGCGACCUCGCCGAGUUUGAGGGGUGUGGGCUCCCCGUGUGGGCGCGGGGGACGUCGACGGUGGGGAGUGGGGCGGAGGCGAAGGCGGUCGCCCGCAAUGUCGCUGUUGAUGUGGGUGGGGUGGUUGUUGAGCCUGGAGAUAUCAUUGUCUGUGAUCCGGUGGAAGGCGUGGUGGCUAUUCCGCGCGAUCUGCUCGAUGCCGUUUUGGAGACGAUGCCUAAGUUGGUGGCGAUGGAUGAUCGGGUGAAGGAGGCUGUGGGGCAGGGGGUCAGUGUGUUUGAUGCCUUCAAGCGGUUUCGUGGGAAGAUUUAG